GAUAGAACAAGCGCAAUCAAUGAUGGGCUUGAUCCAAAUAGAAUUAAGACCGACCGCGAUCAGAAACAUAAAUGAAAAAAACAAACAAAAUCGUAACUGGUUAAAGAUUCGACGGUGGUAGUGAUUGGUACCAAAAUUCGGAAACCCUAGCUUUAGCUGUCUUGAAUAUGGCGAAGCGCUCCGAUGAUUCCAUUUAUCACGGUCGUCCGACAAAAAGAAGUUGGUUGGAUGCUGUUGAUGGUGGUGCUGUGGGCGGACUUCGUCGCUCCGAACCGUUGGCACAGCAUUAUGGUGCUGAUGCUGCUGGAGGCAUUUCAUAUACGGCCGGCGACGUCAAGCAGUGUAGGAGGCAGCGGAGGAAAAUUACUGCUGAAACGCAGGACCUCCCUUCUGAAACGCAGGACCUCCCGUCUGAAACGGACGACCUCGAGAGGGAAGUUACUUGUUUCUUGGACGACCUCCCGUCUGAAACGCAGGACCUCAAUACUGAUGUCACCUCUUAUACGCCUCAAGGCAGCAUGCCUGAAACGCAGCACCUCAAUAGUGAUGAUACCUCUUAUACGGUCGAGGAGUAUAGGCAACGGAGGGGAAUCACUGUUGAAGGCCGUGGUGAUAUUCCAAACCCCAUCAGGAAUUUCGAUGACACUCGGUUUCCAGAAAAUGUUAUACAACAAUUUUCAAAAGCUGGAUUUGCUAGGCCUACACCAAUUCAAGCUCAAGUAUGGCCAAUGGCUUUGGAGGGCCGUGACCUCAUUGGUAUUGCUCAACCAGGAUCCGGGAAGAAGCUGGCGUAUCUGAUGCCUGCAAUUGUCCAUAUAAACUCCCAGCCAAAACUAUCUCGUGGUGGAGAUGGCCCAAGAGUAUUGAUUUUAGCUCCAACGCUGCGACUCGGUGAAGAAAUCCAACAAGAGUAUGCUAAAUUUUGUGCAGCUUCCAACAUUAAAGUCUUAUUAAGCUGGAAACUGUCUUCUCCUAAAAAAAGUAGAGGUGGGAUUCUAAUCGCCACACCUAGGUCCUUGCUUGUUGCGUUAGAGGAUGGUUAUACUAACGUCAGAAGGGUCACAUAUCUUGUGUUGGAUGGCGCUGAUUGGAUGCUAGAAAAACAAAACAUGGGGUUUGGGUCUCAAAUACAAGACAUUGUUUCUAAGAUUCACCCAGACUGUCAAAUAUUAUUGUUGGGUACUAGCUGGUCAAAGGAGGUUGAUAAACGGGCAAACCGGUUCCUUUACAACGCAUGCAAUGUUGAAAUUGUUUCUCCACCUCUGAAACCUACACAUCCGAUCGACCAAACUGUUUACGUCGUUACUGAAGAUCAGAAAUAUAACAAAUUGGUAGAGUUGCUAGGUCGUAUAGUGGAUGGCAGCAGAAUAUUGAUAUUCAUGGAUAUAAAGGAAGGAUGCGAAAAACGUGAUCAGUUUGCCCUGCAGCUUUAUAGGGACGGUCAGCAUGCAGUCUCGCUUCAUGAAAACAAGGGUCAAGCGGAAAUGGCCCGGAUUGUCUCUGAGUUUCAAGCUGGCAGGAUCCCCAUAAUGAUUGCAACAGAUGUUGCUGCUCGUGAUCUAGAUCUGAAGGAUGUGAAAUAUGUUAUCAAUUACGACUUUCCAGUGUCCCUUGAUGAUUAUGUUUACCGCAUUGACCGUGCUGGAAGUGCCGCAGCAAAAGGAACAGUAUUCACGUUCUUUACAACUGCUAAUGCUGUAUUCGCAGAGGAACUUAUUAUCUUACUCAAGGAAGCUGGACAGAAGGUUAGUUCUGAAUUGGAACAACUGGGGCGUGAUGUACCAUAUCCAGGAACCUACAUACCUGCACCCUGGCGCUGGGCGGUUAACCAGGAGGAGAUUGGAGCUGGUCAUUUCUUUCCGUUGUAUCUGCAUUGUUCUAAGACCAAGGAUAUUGCCAGUAACGUCGUGCAAGAAAUCAGCGGAAAAAAGGGCCUCCAACUGCAUUUUUUGAGCGUGGUGGAGGCAUACCAACAUUUGUCCUGCCUUCCUGUUAGUUACUUUUAUCUAACUUUGGAGGCCGCUUGUGCCACAACUUAUGAAAAGAAGCUGUACCGAGCAAUAUUUGUUAGGAUGAUUGGUGACAGAAAGGAAACCAUAUUGUUUGGGGAUGUCAACUCCGAUGGCUUGUUGGAAAGAAUACUUGACACCAGGAAGGAAAUCAAAUAUAGAGUCUAUAAAAUCUGGCAAGAAGCCGAUGGAGACUAUGAAGAGAAUGGAGGCGAUGGAAGCGAUGGAGACGAUGGAGACGAUGGAGACGAUGAAGGCGAUGAAGGCGAUGAAGGCGAUGAAUGAUGGGGCACUAGUCUCAUUGAUAAUUAUUUACCACUCGUGCUAGGAAAUAUUCCAAAAGAAUAGUAUGAUCAAUGAACAAAUAUUUGUACACAUGCUUUUAGCUAUCAGAUUGCACAGGUCCAAUGCCUAAGAUUACAAUCACACUCAAAUUUUAAAAUUGGGUUUAUCAAAUGGCAAUGGCAGUGGCUGCUUCCAUUCGUUGUAUGCUUCGAAAGCUUGGGAAUAUUAUUGAGAAAAGUAUUCAGGGUAUUAGCGGAACA